CACGACCUCGAACAGGAUCCACUCCCCGCAGUCCCCACAAUACUUGACAUCAGCAGACAAAACGAUCCGUUCAAUGUCUCCCGGACGCGGGGUCUCGUAUCCCGGACGCUUGCGACUCAGGACGGUGAAGCGCUGGGCCACGGGGACUUGUCUGUGACCGAGAAGUUUUAUGCCCUUGACCUUCGGCGGCGGAACUGAAACGGUGAGGUGGUAGAUGCACCCCCGGAUGAUAGAGAGGACUAAGGCGUCGCGGAUGAGGGCGGAAGUCAGAUGGAUGUCGCGGAACGACGCGUCGGCGAGGAUGGGGGUCGGAAUCUCGAAGGACCCAACAAGAUAUUGCUCGAAGGGACGCGUUCUAGCGACUGAGAAAUGACACAGGAAACGUCGACGCAGUAGGCUGCCUGGUCGAGUCGCAUCCCACCUGUGAUGAUGAACUGGAGCAGCUGGCCGCCAUCGUCCACUAGCACCGCUUGAGAGGAUGCGGCGAUGCCCCCUUUGACUCGGGCAUAGAACUCUUCCAGAUCGCUCGGCAGUGGCACACGCUGCAGAUAUGAAACACAAGACGCCUUAGGGCUCGCCAUAUCUGCGGCGGCUCCCUCUGCGGACGACGUUGAAGAUAUGAAUGGGACCAGGCAGGGGGAGGGGUCGAAGAUAUCAG